AUGAGUUUAGACUCAGAAGAAGAUGAAAUCAAAACGUUCAAGGCGCCAUUUGAGAUUUCAGAUCCACAAUUUCGCGAUUUCAUCGUCAGUCAUCUCGUUUCUGGACAGGAAGAAACAUUGAUCUCAUCGAAAUCAUCUCAAACAAGAAUCUACCCUAUAUUCACCUUCGGCACGCAAAGCACCACCCGCAAGGAGUGGAUCCUCAACGUCCUCCUUCUCCGCCACACAUCGUCGACGAGCAUCGACAUCUUCAGAAGCUGCGCCAGUAGCCGUACAGGCACUUCGAUCACAACACGGACAUUGGAUUCAUGGCGUACAAUAUGCAACGAAUUGGGAAGGAAAGGCAACAAUUAA